AUGUUUCCGCACAGUUCGCAAAAGAAGUACUGGAUAUUCAGCGACGAGAAGGACUUGACUAUGCUGAGAGAAAAAACUAACGCUGAAUUUAUUGCAAAGCAUGGAACUAACAUGACGCCAGAACAAAGGGAGGAACAUUUUCUCUCACAUACCGAGGAACGUACGUUGCUCCGUUUCUACGAAUUACAAUUAAGAGAUUUCUGUCGUCGAUUCAAUCCACCAAUGCCACGUGCUACCAUAGCCACUGCUUUACAUUAUUUUAAAAGGUUUUAUCUUGGUAACAGCGUGAUGGAUUAUCAUCCCAAAGAGAUCUUGGUUACUUGUGUUUAUCUAGCAUGCAAAGUCGAAGAAUUUAAUGUGUCUAUAUCUCAGUUUGUAGCAAACAUUAAAGGAGAUAGGGAAAAGGCAUCUGAUAUAAUUCUUAAUAAUGAACUGCUUCUUAUGCAGCAGUUGAAUUAUAAUCUUACAGUGCAUAAUCCAUUUAGGCCUGUGGAAGGGUUCAUGAUUGACAUAAAGACGAGAUACACAUCUUUGGAAAAUCCUGAGAAAUUAAGGCAACACAUAGAUGAAUUUUUAGAAAGGGUUUUCCUGACAGACAGUGUUCUUCUGUAUGCGCCAAGUCAGGUUGCGUUAGCUGCAACAUUGCAUGCAGCAUCGAGAGCUUCUGCAAAUUUGGAUAAUUAUGUCACCGACAUAUUGUUCUCGAGAGAACAAUUGGGAGGAAUUAUAGAAGGUGUACGAAAAAUACGCUCAAUGGCAAAAUGUGUAGAACCACCUUCUCGGGAAGUAAUAAGAGCUUUAGAGAAGAAAUUGGAUAAAUGCAGAAAUCAAGAAAAUAAUCCGGAUAGUGAAAUAUAUAAGCAGAGAAUGCAGGAAAUGUUAGAUGAAGAAGAUUUGCAAGAUAACGAAAAGUAUGCAAAGAUUAUUCAAGACCAGGCGGCCUAUGACGACAAAAUUUUGGGUGUUAAUAAGAUCUUGUCUCCCUCUGCACUGUAAUAAUUUAAAUGUAAAUUUUGUAUAAUAAUAUAUCACUUAAAAAUUC